AUGUCCAGGAACAAGGCUGCUUGGCUCACACGUGCAAAGACCUAUCCACUCAAGGUCGACGAUGCCCCAUUCCCGACUGCCGGACCCGGUGAGGUUGUCAUCAAAAACGUCGUGACUGCUCUGAAUCCUGCCGAAUGGAAGAUCCAAGAUAUGGGCAUCAUUGUGCAGAAUUAUCCCACCAUUCUUGGAGCAGACGUAGCAGGCUUCAUCGAAGAGGUUGGCGACGGCGUGACGCAUGUCAAGAGAGGACAGCGGGUCAUAGGGUACUGUACCGGGCUAGGCAAGCAGAACCACGAAUUUGGAACAUUUCAGCUCUACAGUAAAGCAGACGCGAACCUCAUAUCACCCAUCCCAGAUGACAUGAGCUUCGAAAGCGCCUCAGCCCUACCUCUCGCCAUCGCAACAGCCGCGGUAGGACUCUACAAGAAGCAGCAUCUCGGCCUACCCCUGCCAUCUCUCAACACUCGCCGAACGGGCAAGACGAUCCUCAUAUGGGGCGGCGCAUCGUCCGUAGGAGGCACGGCAGUGCAGUUGGCCGUCGCAUCAGGGCUCAGAGUCGUUACCACGGCUUCACAGCGCAGCUUUGACAAGGUAUUGGAGCUGGGCGCCGAGGUGGUUCUGGAUUACCACUCUGAUACUCUUGUCCACGACGCGCUGAAGGCGUUGUCUGGGGCAGAUCUUGUCGGCGUGUACGACGCGAUCUCGGGCCCAGAGUCGUUGAGCCCCAUUGGUGCUAUCUUGGAUCAAAUUGGGCGACGCAGGGUCACUGUUGUGUUACCAACGGAGGGCGACUAUGGGAAGAACGUGGAGAUAAGCAUGAUGACUGCCUAUCAGAUAACACAGGAUCCAGAGGAAGUGCAGAAUCCCGUGUGGAGAGACUUUGUCCCUGGUGCUCUUAGGAAUGGCCAGCUGAAGCCGAAGCCGGACGCCGAGGUCGUUGGCAAGGGACUCGAGUCGAUCCAAGCGGGACUUGAUGUGUUGAAGAAGGGCGUAUCUGCGAAGAAGUUGGUGAUUCAGCUCUGA